AUGAGACGUGACGGUAAAGGUGGUAUAUUUGUUCCCAAUGAUAAAGGCAAGGAAGCUAUUUCAUAUAUAAUCGCAUUUAAUGGAGCUAAUUUGGAAUCAUUAACUACCACAUAUGAUAAAUCAUUCAAAGUUAAGUUUCCCACAUCUUUAAAACAUUUAACUUUGUAUUGCAGAUCAACUGAUACACACAAGUUGAAUUUGAGAACAUUGCCAUAUCUUGAAAGCUUUGAGUGUAAGUCUCUUUUUGGUGUAAAAUCAAUAAAAGAUCUUUGCAUUCCUAAUUCUGUUAGAUCUUUAGACUUUGAAGCAUGUGGUUUUGAAAAAUUAGGAAAUUUAAAAAGUUUGAAUAAGUUAAAAGUUCUUAUGGUUACUGGAUGUAAAAAGUUGAUUGAUUUUGUCAAGUGUUCGUUUCCGGAUUCAUUAAGUUUAAUUGGUUACAAUAAUUGUGUUCCCGCUUCAAAAGUUGCUGAAUUAUAUGAAAAGACUAAGAAUGGUACAAAUAAACAAUUUAAUAUAUCCGAUUUUUCAAAAAGUGGAGAGUCAUUUUUAGUUGGAUCAAAUGUGAAUUUUCCACCAUACUUAACAUCUUUACUAAUUCUGGACGCUGAAGCUUCUUUGGAAUUAGGAUCUAAUUUAAAACUUAAAUAUCUUGAAGUUUUAGAUUUGAAACGAAUUCCCAAGUUGAAUUUGAAAGGGAUCUUAGCUUCUUUACCAAAUGUUAUGUUUGAUAUAUCAAUUUGUGCAUCCGGUAUUUCAUAUGUCGAUGGUGUAGCUUUGUUUCCAGAAUUGACUCAUCUUGAAUUCGAAUACAAUAAUUUUGAAAAUAUUUUUAGAACAAACAUACAUGAAUUGAAAAGAUUAUCAGUUUUGAGUCUUGAAAAUAAUUUGUCAAUACAACCCAAAACUUUAGUCAGAGUAGAUCCUUUUCAAUUAUUACUGGUUGAUAAGUCCAACUCAAAUAUCGUAAGAGUAACAAAAGAAAAUGCAAAUAAUUUACAUGGUUAUGCUGGAAAAACUGUCAAUGUUGAAAUGCAAAAUUUAGCGGAAUUGACUUUAAAACAAAUUUCUCAACAAAAUUGGAAGCCUUCUUCUUUUAUAAAUUACGUAUAUCCAUCCAUACUUGAACCUAUUAUAUCUCAGGUAUCCCUUGUUGUUUGUGAAAAUUUGAAAAUUCUCAAUUUGGGUGGGUUGGAUAUUCAAGAAUUAAAUAUUAAUAAUUUUCCAAUAUCUUUAGAAAAAUUGAUAGUCACAAAUUUUCAAUUACAAUCAAUUAAAGGUAAUUUUGAGAAUUUAACCAAAUUGAAAAAUUUAGAUUUAUCCUUGAAUCAAAUCAAUCAUUCAAUGUUAACAAAUCAAAAAUUCCCUGCAAGUUUGGAAAGUUUGGAUUUAUCAAAGAAUAAGAUUGAUGAUUUAACUUGCUUAAAUUUAAGUAACUGUGUUAACCUAGUCUAUCUAUUUUUAUUUCUAGUAACAACACAAGAUAAUCCAAAAGGAGCAAUUGAAUUGAAAAAUUUCUUAUUAAAUUCUCAAAAUGGUUCUAAAAUUGAAACUGCAGUGUUAAGUACAACAAAAUCCAAAGUUGUAUUUGAAAUAAUGAAUGGGGUUGAUGGUACUGCUAAAAGACCACCAGACUCUAAUGAUGGUGAGAAUUGA